GGAAAAUAAAAGUUCCAUGGAGGCUAAGGGAACUGACUAAUCAAAUCUCUAGGAGGUUGAGUGCUUUGUCUUGUACACUGGUUCACACUUAUAGAGAAGGGAAUAUGGUAGCUGCUAUUUGGCUAGGAAAAGGGUGGUGGAUAAAGCAGAGUUUCGAACUGCUUCACCCAUUCCAUCCCAGCCCAAGCAAGAACUCUGAUUUUACAGGAUCAGAUACAGCUUAG